AUGACAGACACUCCUACAUCCACCGUCGUCAACUCGAGAGAGCCCUCCCGUCCGGGCACUCCUACUGCCCUCUCGACACCGCCUGCCACAGUCGCAGUCACCGAUAAGCCUCAAGAUGACUCGUCGCGACUCAAGCUGUUCCUGGGCUUGCUCCGGAAGUUCAUCGGUGUACCUGAUAUGGCCGCUGUGCGCUUUAGUCUACCCGCACAGCUGAUCGAGCCAAUUCCGAACUUAGAAUACUGGCACUACCUGGACCGGCCCGAGACUUUCAUCAGCAUUGGACAGUCCGACAGUGAGCUCGGGCGCAUGCUGGAAGUCCUCCGCUUCUGGUUCACCAAAGACCUGAAAUACGUCAAGGGAAAGCCUUGCAAGCCUUACAACUCUGUCUUGGGCGAGUUCUUCCGAUGUAAUUGGGAGCUCAAUGCCGAUGCUGGUGCCUUCACAGAUCCAGCCAAAGCGCCUCCCCAAGCGCCCGCAGAUCCGCUCGAUAAAUCCAAGCAGAAUCUUGAGCAGCCCGUAACACUAUCCUACAUGACCGAGCAGACAUCACAUCAUCCCCCAGUCUCUGCCUACUAUAUGGAAUGCCCGGAGCGAGGCAUCGUCGGUUACGGCUACGAUCAGCUCUCCGCCAAGUUCACCGGCACCGCGGUACGAGUCAUCGCCGGCAACUUUAACCAGGGUAUCUAUAUCAAACUCGAGAAAACGGGCGAAGAAUACCAGCUUACCCACCCCGCCGCGAAUCUCAGCGGGCUUCUGAAGGGCUCGCUGUACAUAUCAGUUUCAGACACCUGCUACAUUACUUGUCCUCAGUCCAAGAUCAAAACAAUUCUCACCUAUGCCGAAGAGGGAUGGCUAGGAAGAGCGCAGAACAAGGUCUUUGGCGUCGUCUUCCGCUAUGACCCAGAGAACGACAAGUAUACACGCAUCAAAGACGUUCCCGACAAAGACGUCUUGGCCAAGAUUGACGGCUGCUGGCAAGAACAAAUUUUCUACUGGCUCGCGGGAGACAAAAAGGCGGAGAAGGAUCCCAGUGCCCGCAAUCUCCUUAUGGAUGUGUCACCCCUGAUGCCGGUGCCGAAACUCUGCCCUCCUGAGGAAGAGCAACUGGUGAACGAAUCUCGGAAAUUUUGGAAGGACUUGACCGCCGCCAUCCAGGAGAAGCGAUUCGCCGACGCCAACCGCAUCAAGCAGACGAUCGAACAGAAUCAGCGCGAUAAAGCCGCCGAACGUAAGGCCGCGGGCAAGCCGUGGGCUCCUAGGUUUUUCCAAGAGAUAACAGACCCAGAAGGUCGACCGCACUUGAAUGAAGAAGGCAAGCAGCUGAUGCAGGGCUUGCAAUCCAAGGACUUCAAACUUAAAGAACCAGAGGUUACGGCUGCAUAA